GAACAAGCUAAAUACAAAUCCCUCGGGCUACGUGUGCAAACCGUCGCGGUGAGAUAUCGAGAUUUGCUUCUGGCUGCCUCGAGGUGAUGGCAGAGAACGAAUAACUCCGUAGAGAGUGAUUUCAAGCUCCUCAAAGGGAUCUUGAUAAUUUUCAAAGGGAUCCGAUAAAACAGAAGGAGACCCUGUGAGCGUAUUAACCGUAGCCUCAAGGCGGCGGUUGGGCCACAAUGGUAUAAGGACGAUUUGCUUCCAUCUUUGCGACAUUUUCUUUGUGCCAUCAUCAUGUCGAGCCCCGGAACGAGUCGCAACAAAAAGAACGACGACCACCGCACACGCAAACGCCCUGAAAACGUCUCCUACAAGGUCGACAGCAGCGCCUUUACCCCUGAAGACCAUGCCCGCCUCGCGCAGAUACAGGCCAGCCUCAGCCAGCCCAUGGCGGGGAGCUACAGCAUGGGCGCACCCCCAGCAGGGCCGCUGGACGUCAGAAUGGGGAACCUGAAUACGCUGGGCCAGUUUACGCAGGGCAAGUCGAUCAACGACUUUCCGUACGAACUGGGCGGCCGCGCGCGUACGUCGCCUGAUAUCUCCCUGCGCAUCACCACACCGACCUCUGCUUCAGCUGCAUCGUACCAGACCCGGUCCCAAACGCCCCAGCCCCAGCCCCCGCCCCCGCCAAAUCGCAAAGGGCAGGAGCCGCCUGCGCAUUCGGUCUCGCGGACCGCACAGACAUCCAAUCGAAUAUCCCUGACGCUGGGACAGAGGAAUCCACAGGCCGGUCCCCCACAAGACCCCCGGUAUUCCAACAACUAUUAGAGUUCGCGCGUUGUUUGUUCUGAUGAUAC